UUAAUAAAAAUGUAUUUAAAAACAGUUCAGCAUUUUAUGUUAAAUACCUAUCUAUAUUUAUACAAACUUAUUUUUAAUGAAAAAAAUAUAAACAUUUUUGAUUCUUGAUUCUUGGUUAGCAAGCAAUGAAAGUUUACGUGUGUACACUCCAGAGUAAGUUGUAUAAGUUUAAAUAGUCUGUAGAUGUCGCCUUAGUCAUAGGCAUCAGCUGUCACUAUUUUUGUUGUCUUCCAUUGUAUGCAUUUGCAAAAUUGUCAACAAAUUAUACAUAUUUAUGUUUUUAUUCCCAAAAUAUAAUUAACGCGAAUAUUUUUAAAUGGAUACGAGUGUUGGGCAAGAAAACAAAAUACCUGUUUCCGGGAAAGAUGCGGCAGCAACAUCACUGCUAAACCAAUUCAUUUUGGGACAAUUGAAAGAGAAACAUGUUUCGAACAGUGAAGUUGAAUCGCCUAAUGGAUUCGUGUUACCUAAGUUGCAAAUGGGUAAUUCGAAUGCUGGAAACUUCGUUAUUCCACCAUUAAAAUUAUCCCAAACAACUAUUACCACAGUGUGUAAUGUGAAAUUAUCAUCUUUGAUAAUUGCACAGACAUCAAAAAACGAUAAGAAAAUUAUUGAUGGCAUUGGAGAAAUUAGUAAAGGCGUCAACAACCUUCAGGUGAAUGACUCAAGAAUAGAGAAAAAAGUGGGACUAUCAAACAAUGCUAUUGACCUAACUGCCGCAUUAAGCACUGCUUCAGGAAUUUUUGUGCAAAAUAAAAAAACGGUAUCUCCGCCCGCUGAAGACUUCCAUAUACCAUUUAUAGAGUGUGAUCGUGAAGAGAAGCCUAUUCAAUUGCCUGUCAUUAACAAUUACUUCCAGCCAAGUAGCAACAUCUCUACAAUAUUCGAUAACCAAAAAUUAGCUACGCCAUCACCGUGUGGACGAAUUAUCUGUCUAAAAUAUAAACGAACACAUCCAUUUCCGAAAAUAAGUCACGUUUUUAAAGUAAAACAUAAAAUACAUCGUUUUCAUUUCGAUACCAAAUCGCCAGAUGAUAUUGUAUUGGCCACAUUAAACAAAUAUCAUCGACAAUACUGACGAAGGCGGCAAUGCUGUCUACUAAAUAUUUUGAAACUUGUACGCAUUAUAAGAAUUGACGUUUGCAACAUUAAAAUAUUGUACAAAAAACUUAAUUAGAAUUAUGAAUACAAGUUGUGAUAUUUUAAUUUAACUGAAAAAGGAGGCGUUGGGAUUCUUAAAUAAGUAUUUUUUUCGCAGUUUUGACGAUUCUGCCGUCUUAUAUUUUCUUCAUUUGCCUAUCUCUUUGUUAAACUGGCAUUAUCUUUUAGACGCGUUGAAAUAUUGCUUUUAAAUGUUGGUGCGAACUGUAAUAAAUGUUACUUGUUUCAGGGAAUAAAGCUGUAAUUUUAAAUUUA